AUGAGUGCUGCUAUGUUAAAAGUGGAAGUUGAAGGUGCUUGUGAUUCAUUGGGAAAUCUUGCAUUGGAAGAUACUUUUGGUUCAUCGUUGACAGGAGGAGAAAGAGGUAAGAAAAAGAAAGCAAAGGCGAUCUCGCAGGGAGAUGAUACUCGCGUUUUGCAUAAACCAGGCUAUGAUGAUGAUUUGUUCAAGAUUGAAAAACAGAGGCCCAAGUUCACCCAGGCACAAAUACGUGACUUCGAAGCACAUCUCAAUGAGAAAGAAAAAGAGGCGUAUGCUCAGGCUAUAAUUAGGCAAGUGCAACAACUGUCAGAGACAGCUGCAAAAAACGCUGAAAAGAAAGCAACAAAGACACGAAAAACCAAACUGGUGACGAAAUCAAAGAAAGGUGGAGCUAAAGCAACCUCACCAUCACCACUUCAAACAGAAGACGAACUUCUUUUUGCAAACAAUGAAAGCUUAAGCAACAUUUAUGAUAAUUGGAACUUGUCCCAUUCAGCAAACUUACCCAUUGUCAGUCCGCUUCCGGGAGAUAAUAUUCCAUUUACAUUCUUUAGCAAGCAUAAUGCCGAUCCAACCAUUAUCCAAUCGCCACGCUUAUCAGUAACGAGAAUUUUAGUCAAUAACUGGUGUCAAGCACGCGAGUACUACAAGAUAUAUUCUGGAUCGUUGCGAUCGCCACCUUCAGAAGCCAUGGAGCAAGGAAGUCGCUACCACGCCGCUUUGGAAGAAGAAACGCAUCCUCUGAUUGACUUGCUGGAUUUGUUGACUUUUGUUUCUCAAAAGGCUGAUGCUUUGAAGAAGGCGUUGCUGGGUAAAACGGGGAAGUUGAAGAGGAGACAAAAGGUGCCAGCAGAUGCUCUUUCCAAAGGACAAAAUGGUAAGGAAGUUGUUGAGUUGUUGGAUGAAAUGAAGUCUGUCUCCCAGGAAGACUUGUUGGCCAAUGAAUGGUCGCAUAAAGUUAUUUCUCGGUUAUUUGCAUUAUUAACAAAUGCAAAAGCUAGAGAAAUCCCCAUUCAUGGCUAUAUCAAUUUGAAUCAAGCUAAAUUUAUUGAGCCCCGCGAUGGUGCUCUGGCAUUGGACAAUUCAGUUCUUGUUUCUGCCAUUGUUGAUUUAUUCCAGUUUAAAAAUCAUAAAGACCCCACUGAUUUGACGUUUUUUACCGAGAUGCAAAAUAUGAUGGAGUUUGAAUUUGAUAAAGAUAGAGCUGGAAGUAAACUCAUGAUUGAUUUGACGAGGUUUAUGCCUGAGGCAGCAAAAGUGCUUGCUGAGUAUAAUCGAAAUGAUAAUUUAUCCCUUGUUAUAUCCGACGUCAAGACCCGCAGUGACAAUAGUGUACCUUAUCAACAAUCAGUUGUAGCCGGUGCCAAGGUGCAAACGUUUCUUUAUCGCAGAUUCUUUGAUACGUUGUCUAAAGAUGCCCCCUUCACGUAUCGCGGGUUUAUCGAGAACGCAAUGAAACGCAACUUGGAUAUUGAUAAACCGUUGAGCCCCUUUAUAGUGUUGCAAAUGUUGCGAUUGAAUCAUAAUUUGUUUUAUAAUGAUUUUGUUAAAUUGAGUAAUGGUGAACCGCUUGGGUUUGAUCCGUUUGAUGAGGACCUUAAGUUGAACAAGUUGAGUCAAUCUCUAGCUGGUUUGAAAAUCGAGGGACUGGGACUAGACAGUAUACCCCUUGGCUCAGCACUGACAAAACAUGAUGCUUUCCGAUUCGAUUUGUUAUUUCAAAAUGUCAACGACUUCUCCUUCACCACUCCGUCAAACCAAUCGUACCUCAACGAGCUAGACCAAUUAGAGCCGCAACAGUCCAAACAACAAUUUCCUUAUUCGCAUUACAUGAAGCCCCUUUUGAAAACAUGGCAGACCCCACCAACACUACGAUACUUGGCAGCAAGAUCAGCCCAAUUAUUGCAUCUCUUUAACAACUUUACUGAUAAUUUAACCACUGUUGAGUACCACAAUGCGUUGAAACAUGAAGUGUUUGAAAUCAGGCAGUAUCAGUAUCAAGAACAAGACUUGCAAGCAGAAGUUGACGAGGCUAGUAAGUUUUGGUUAGGUAAACUUGUGCCUCAAUUUGCUGAUUCUAAAUCCAAAUGCAAUUAUUGUGAGUUUAAACUAAAGUGUAUUGUUGGUCGAGGUGAAGCUGAUGAUGAUAUGUAUAAGCGGAAAAUGGUCGGUCCUAAAGUGAGACAAUUUAUUGGCCAAUCGGUAUAA